UUUUGCGUCACAGCGCGAUGGCGGCGCCGGGGCUGUCGAAGGCCGAGUACCUGCGGCGGUACCUGAGCGGCCCCGCCGAGCCCGGCCCGCCCCGCCGCCGCCGCAAGAAGAAGCCGCCGGGCGGCACCGCCAGAGGCGGGAUGCGGAUCGUGGACGACGAUGUGGGCUGGAGCAGCAUCGCGGCCGCGCCGGAGAAGGAGGAGGAGGAGGAGGACGAAGGGGACAUGCCUGUGGUGGCAGAGUUCGUGGACGAGCGCCCCGAGGAGGUGAAGCUCAUGGAGGAGUUCCGAACAAACUCCAAGUGGAAGCUGCUGGGAGAUGAGGACUCGCAGAGUUCAGACGUUUCGGGACCUGCCCAGUCUGCCACGAGGCGCCGCCACGGCUCCCCCGAGCCCUCGCCCCCAGCAGGGAAGCACAACGGCUCCUGGGAGCUCUCUGCUCCCCGACGGCAGCGGCACGACACCCCGGAUGUGUCACCUCCCAGGAGACAGCGCCACGACACCCCGGAUGUGUCACCUCCCAGGAGACAGCGCCACGACACCCCAGAUGUGUCACCCCCCAGGAGACAGCGCCACGACACCCCGGAUGUGUCCCCCCCCAGGAGACAGCGCCACGACACCCCGGAUCCGUCCCCUCCUAGGAGAAAACGUCAUGACACUCCAGACUUGUCACCUCCCAAAAGGCAGCGUCACGACACCCCGGAUCUGUCACCUCCCCGGCGGCGGCAGCGUCACGACACCCCCGACCCCUCACCUCCCAGGAGACAGCGCCAUGACACACCAGACUUGUCACCUCCCAGGAGACGACGUCCUGGCACCCCAGAUCUGUCCCCUCCCCGGCGGCGGCAGCGCCACGACACCCCUGACCCGUCCCCUCCCAGGAGGCAGCGCCAUGACACCCCGGAUCUGUCCCCUCCCAGGAGGCAGCGCCAUGACACCCCGGAUCUGUCCCCUCCCCGGAGACAGCGCCACGACACCCCAGAUCUGUCCCCUCCCAGGAGACAGCGCCAUGACACCCCGGAUCUGUCCCCUCCCAGGAGACAGCGCCACGACACCCCGGAUCUGUCCCCUCCCAGGAGGCAGCGCCAUGACACCCCGGAUCUGUCCCCUCCCAGGAGACAGCGCCAUGACACCCCGGAUCUGUCCCCUCCCCGGCGGCAGCGUCAGGAUUUGUCACCUCGGCGAGAGCAGCCGGGGUCCCCGAGUGGGAAGAAGAGCCGAACGAAAGGACGGGCUUCUCCUGCCCAGAGGGAGCAGCAGAGGUCGCGGAGCCCCCCGGAGCAGUCCCCGCGCCGCCGGGAUGCCAGGGGCUCUCCCAGGAAGGCCAGCACGAUGUCAUCCGGGGUCAAAGCGGGCCUGGUGUCGGCUGAUGUGCUGCAGAGGGAGAAGCAGGAGCUCCGGAAGCACGAGAGGAGCACCCGGCACCUGGAAGAGGAAUCCCGGAACGCUCAGACCGUGUUCCGAGACAAGUCCGGCCGCAAGAGGAACCUGGCCCAGGAGCAGCUGGAGCAGAGGCUGAAGGCUGAGGCAGAGGCCAAGAGAGAAGAGCAGUAUGCCAAGUGGGGAAAAGGGCUGGCCCAGGAGAGGCAGCAGCAGCAGAACGUGGAGGAUGCAGUCAAGGAGAUGCAGAAGCCCUUGGCCCGUUACAUCGAUGACCAGGACCUGGACCGAAUGCUGAGGGAGCAGGAGAGGGAGGGAGACCCCAUGGCCGCUCUCAUCAAGAAGAGGAAGGCCAAGGAGAACAAGGAGAAAGAAAAACCCAGGUACAAGGGACCAGCUCCUCCCCUCAACAGGUUCAACAUCUGGCCCGGGCACCGCUGGGACGGCGUGGACAGGUCCAACGGCUUCGAGCAGCAGCGCUUCGCCCGCAUUGCCAACAAGAAGGCAGUGCAGGAGCUGGCCUACAAGUGGAGCGUGGAGGACAUGUAGGGGAGGGCUCCUGCAGUGCCCCCGGGCCCCAGCCGCUGCCCCAGCCCGGGGAAUGGCCUGCUCUGCCUGCCACAAGCCCGUGCUCAGCAUCCAGCAGCACUGGGCCAUCUCCCGAGAGGCAGGGCUGGGUUUCCCUGGCAGCCAGAGCCUCCAGCUCUAUGGGGAGGACACUGUUUGUUUCCUAACACACUUCUGUGCUACGCCAAAUGGCUUCUGAGGGCAGUUCCCAAGUCUUCAGGUGUCCUGAAUCUCAGGUGAAAGUCUGCUGAACGCUUGGGCUUGGGAGAGUUACCCUCAGGCAGGGGCUCCGUCUGCUCCAGAGCUCAGGCUAAGUGGAACUUCUGAACUUCUGUCAAGUUUGUGCAGUUAUUUUGCCAUGUAGAUCCCAGAGUCACCAACGCGCAGGGAAGUUCAAACUCGGCUUCUCCUGACCCUGUCCAGACAGGAAACUGGGCAGGGACUGCUCUGGCACUGCAAGGGACCUGCAGUGGGCAGCCUCAGCAGUUCUGCAGGGCUCCAUUUCCAGCGGGGGUCAAUGUGUGGAGAAUUAGGAUUUGAGACCUGGAAUUGCUUCCCUCACAGUUUGGAGCAGCUGGUCCCCCCAGGCUCCUCUGGAUUUGGGGCUGAUCUUGGCCUUGGCUCACUCUGGUGGGAGGUGGGACAGCCCUCUCCUGUGAUCAGAUUUGUCAGUCUCGGAGCUUCCCCUACUCCCUGUGUGCCAGAAAGCCCUUGUGGAAAUAAAUACAGUUGUUCCUGUUGGGGUCCCGGGGAGCAGGGAGGAAGUGCAGGCAGUGGUUUCCAUGGAGCUGCCUUGGCUGCCGCAGCGGGCAGGGCAGGGCAGGAUCACUCUUUCCAGGGAUUCUCCAGCCCUGGGAGGGCUCUGGGUGGCAGGGAGGGACAGCAGCCCAGACUCCUGGGACUUCCCUGCUUUUCAUCCCUGUGUCACAUUUCCAGCAGCCCUGGAAUUGGUGUGUUCACCUGUAAAUAAAACCUGUUUUUUUACUGGA